AUGCGUUUAGACACGAAUCGACAGCAGAAGUGUGGAUGGUCUAGUCAGUGCUACGAGUCUCUCUAUUCGAGUCGAGUGAACUUCCUCUUCCCUUUCACCACCACCACCACCAUCAUUAUUAUUAUUAUUAUUAUCAUCAUGACAGGUCGUCAUUGUGAGCUGGCGUCAUAUCUGAGACUGUGUCUUCUAACGGUUGAGUUUGGACGGCACAACUUCGCAGCAUGUAGACGUGCGUCUCUGGGGUGUCCAUUGCUCCACUUCCAGAGUAACAAGAGAACCGCAGAUUACAGUACUUCCGAUUCUUUCUAUAAGGAUCGUAAAAUGUGCUGUAAAGAAGUGGACGAAAAGACACAAAGCAGCGAUGGCAGUAGCUGUAGGACUAUUUCCCCGCUCUGGCGAUACGUCCUCAUUACUGGUGGCAUCACCCUCAUUGUUAUAGUCCUGGGCACCUCCCUGGCCUUCGAUUUUGGAAUGCAGGGACCUCUGCUGCUCAAAGUCCGCAGCAGUUCCCUCUUCAUCAAAUGGGAAAACUACUGCUACCGCCCCCUUCAGUCCCUCCUCUUGAGGGCCCUACAAUAG